UUUUGCUGCUUUAUGCCUUGAUUUACUCUGUGACUGAUGAGAGUUAAAGGCCAUGGAUGAAGAUGGGCUUGAAUUGCAGCCACAUGAGCCAAAUGCAUUUUUUGAUCCAACAGGAGCUGAUGCAGCACAUAUGGAUGGAGAUCAGAUUGUUGUGGAAGUACAGGAAACAGUAUUUGUUUCAGAUGUAGUCGACUCAGAUAUAACUGUGCAUAACUUUGUUCCUGAUGAUCCAGACUCCGUAGUGAUCCAGGAUGUCAUUGAGGAUGUUGUUAUUGAGGAUGUUCAGUGCCCAGAUAUCAUGGACGAGCCAGAUGUGUCUGAAACAGUCAUUAUUCCUGAGCAAGUGCUGGACACAGACGUAGCCGAAGAGGUUUCUUUGGCUCAUUGCACUGUCCCGGAUGAUGUUUUAGCUUCUGACAUAACAGCAGAGACAAUGUCUAUACCAGAACAUGUGCUGACAACUGAGUCAAUACAUGUGCCUGAAGUUGGACACGUAGAACAUGUAGUUCAUGAUAACAUUGAAGAAGCAGAU